AUGGAGAAAAAGAAAAUUCUAAUGAAAUCCAAGGUUGCUGCUCCUAACCUCCUGAGGGCACUGCAUUCUCUGUACCAGUUCGGUCACCUCUGUGAUGUGACAGUUCACACACAACAUCUCGGGAUUCAGGAGGAGUUUCUGGUUCACAAGGCUGUCUUAGCAGCUUCCAGCAAUUAUUUCAAGGGGCUUUUCCUGCAUGAUGAGAUGCUGGACACCAAGAAUUGCACGGUGACUCUGCAGGACAUUUACACAGAAGAGUUCACCUCCUUUCUGGAGUUUGUUUACACUGCGGAAGUGGAGAUUGAAGCAGAGAAACUGCAACGGAUGAAAGAAAUAGCCGAAAGACUUGAAUGCAAGGAUUUGCUUGACAUUUGUGAAGAGGUGAAAGCAGAGGGCAGGAAGGGUUUAGAUUUGAGCCUCCAUCUGAAAGGUCAGCUGUGUGAAAACGGUGGGCCACAGUGGACUCACAUCCAGCAAGAGGAGGAUGGCAAGCUGAGUAACUCUUCCCAAGUCAUGGCAAUACCUGUGCAGAGGAAACUUUGGGAUAGGCAAAAACAUAAAAAGUUGCUGGCUGGCUACGAACUCAUUGAAGGCCAGCCAGCAAGUCUGGAGCAAGAGGACACUGCUUUUCCAGAACCAAAAUCCAGGACAGCGAAGCUACUGAAGUGUAACAAGACAGAUACCAGAAAAAGACUCAGUAUGGAUAUUGUUAGGCUGGAAAAUGAGAAUAGUCAUUCUCUCCUAAGUCAGACUGAGUCAAAGGAAGCCUCUGUAGUAAUUGGGAACGCACUGCCUGAGCAGUGGGAAGAUGAAAGCAGUUUAAUUUCAAAAUUUGCCAGUAAAACUGAACGUAGGAAAUCACCACGGCAUGUCGCAAAAGUCUUGCCGCAGCUUGCAUGCGAGAAGUGCAACGAAUCGUUCCGUGUUCUCAAGCAGUACCGGUUGCACAUGGAGCUCAAGCAUGACGUUAAUUUGGCUGUCAAGUACAGCUGCCACGCGUGUGAGCAGCUCUUCUCCACUCACCAGAACCUCCGGCAGCACCGCCUCACCGUUCACAGUGAUGAGCGGGGCUUCUUCUGCGUGUUUUGCAACAAGAGAUUUAAGUGCCGGAAGGACAUUAACGACCAUAUCCGCAGGGUGCAUGAGAAGAAGCGGGAUCCCCAGGCCUGCCCGUACUGCGACAAAGUCAUCAGUUCCAAGUGUGGUCUGACAGUCCACAUACGAACACACACGGGGGAGAAACCUUAUAAAUGCGACCGCUGCUCCGCCAGCUUUGCUCAGAGGUCUGCUUACAAUACCCAUGUAAGAAAAAUCCAUGAGUCUGGGCAAGGGAGGAAACUUAGGCCUGUCUAUUGGAUGGUAGUUCCGCCUGUGCAUAGACCAAAUGCAACAAGCUGUGACAAAGAUACUGACAGAGAGAUGUGGGAUGGGACAGCAGAGGCUGAACGAUGGAAGCGUACAAGGCAUGAAGAGGCCACAAGUUGUGAGGAAGAACCUGAGGGUUCAUCUGUUACUGAAGCAGACUGUAGCAAUGAGCAAGAAGAACGGAAGCGGAAAUACAAGGAAGGUGAAGCAAGAAGUGAAAAAAUGAGUGAAGAAGGGAAUGAAGGUGAAAUGAGUGUGAAGGGAGAGGAGGAGGUAGAUUAUGAAGUGGAGUAUUCAGAAGUUGAAGAUAGUAGAGAUAACGAGGAGGUCUGUACUGAGGAGGACUAUGAGGAUGAUGAAUACUCUAAUGAGAAGGCAGGUGAAGAGUUUAAAAUGAAGAAGGUAAAUAAAAGUGGGAUGAAUAAGAAAUCUGCCUAUGUAAUAACAUGCGAUAAGUGUAACGAGCAGUUUGUUUCCCGGAAGAAGUAUGUGGAUCACUGCAGAGAUGUCCAUCAGUGCUUGCCUGGUAAAGUCUAUCAGUGUGACAUCUGCAGCAAGUCAUUUGCUAGUUACAACAGCUGGAAGGAGCAUCGAGCAUGUGUCCACACUGAAGAAAGGCAGUUUGCCUGCACCCUUUGCAAUGCUGCUUUUAAAAGAAAGAGAGAUGUGAGGACACAUUAUAUGCGGAAGCACGAAGGCAGAGUCAAACGCCCUCUCUGCUCUGUCUGCGGGAAGAUCCUCAGCUCCCGAACAGCGCUAGUGUUUCAUAUGCGGACACACACAGGAGAAAAACCUUAUGAAUGUGGCAUUUGCCAUUCAAAAUUUGCUCAGCCAUCACAACUUAAGAUUCACACCAGGUCCCAUACAGGGGAAAAGCCAUAUAUUUGUGAGGACUGUGGGGCUUGCUUUGCUGAUAAAGGCAAACUCACUGGCCACAAAAGGACCCACACAGGAGAGCGCCUUUUUAAAUGCGAUGUGUGUGGAAAACAUUUUGCCACCAAUGAAUAUUUAAAAUGCCAUAAACGAUGCCACAUGGGUGCUAAGCCCUACAAGUGUGAGGUUUGCGGGAAGACGUUCGGACUGAGAGCAUCGCUAGCCCAGCACAGCAACGUCCAUGCAGAGACCCGUCCGUAUUUCUGCGAGCAGUGCGGGAAAACGUUCACCCAACAGGGCGCUCUGCGGCGCCACCAGCGCAUUCACACCGGGGAAAAGCCGUACAAGUGCAGAGCUUGCGAGAGAACCUUCACAGACAUGUCCACCUUGCGCAGACACGUGUCGAUUCAUGACCGGAAUGCUCACUGGAGAAGUUUCUUAAUAGAUCUUACAACCAAAAAAGACCAUAAUUGGUCCAAAAUAGAAACAUUCUCGGAAGCCUGUAUGGGUGAAGACUCUGCGCCAGAAAUUUGGUCAGUUGACCAAG